UGAAUAUAAUAAUGAUCCGUGGUCUAGUUGUUGCCGUCUUUUUUUUUUUACCCUUCCUCAUCAGAAAAUGUAUAAAACACCUGGAAAGCUGUUAAUCUCCUGUCGCCGCAAUUUAUGAAAAAUAAGCAAAGCUUGCGAAGUGAGAAAUCGGUGCUAUGGAAAAUUGCUAUUCAGUUUCUAGAAUCUUCGACAAAUGCGCACACAUGGCGGACAAACAGUUCAUCGUUGCUCAUUUAUGCGGCGGCGCAAUUAUUGGAACUUUCCGGCGAAGAGUCGGUUCGAAUUGCGCCGGCUUAAAAUAACACGAAGUGGCUGGACAAGGAACAUAGAUGUGUUUUUCCAGUGGCUAUCAGCUCUACCUUUCUCAGGUGGUGGCUUCAAUGAUGUUGCAGCUGCAGAAGGUCUUGCUUCAGCAUUAAUGAUGUUUUCUUCAUUCAAUGGAAGCCAACAAACUCAACAAAAUGCUGAUGGGCAAAGACAUUGCAUACUUGUUGCCGCAAGUAACCCUUAUCCAUUGCCUACACCAGUUUAUUAUCCAGCUAUGCUGAAUCUGGAGCAGAGUGGAAAUAUUGAAGCACAUACCAGUCUUCGACUAGCUGAUGCUGAGAUAGUUGCAAAGGCAUUUCCUCAGUGCUCUGUUUCCCUCUCUGUUAUAUGCCCAAGGAAGCUUCCGAAAUUAAGAGCAAUAUAUAAUGCGGGAAAACACGAUCCGCAAGCAGAUGACCCGCCUGUUGAUACGUCUAAGAAUCCGAAUUUUCUUGUAUUAAUUUCGGAAAAUUUCAGCAGGGAUUGUGCUGCUUUCAGUCACACUGAAAUGGAAAGUUUGGCGCCAAACCAGAGCCUGGUUGAAAUGGAUAUGACUUCUGUUUCUCCAAUUUCCGGGCCAGCUAAUUCAUCAGUUAUGAAUCAACAACCCAUUUCAGCUGGAAAUAUUCCUGCUGCACCGGUAAAUAUCGAGCCCGCCAUGGCGACCUCUGUUGGUAGACCUGCACCUCCACAUAUUCCUACUGCUCAUCCUACUUCUCAAGUUGCUGCAAGCUUGCAAAGUGGUUUACCUAUUUCUAUUUCAGAGGAGAUGGUUCCGAAUAAUGAGAAUACUAAGGAAACAACACCUAUUGUCAGUGUGAUGACACAGUCCUUAGGUCUUCCAUUUAGUGGUGCAGCUGCUAAUGUCGGAAUAUUGAAUGAAGUGGCUUCUGCUAUAUCUACUGCUCCAACUGUAUUAACAUCGGGGCAACUAGGUUUCACAUCAAUAUCUGGGUUUGCUCCAAUUGCCAGAACUGAUCAGAUAUCUCAAAACUUCGGUCCUGCAUCAUUAACUUUGAUGGCUCCCAGUAUAUUUGGGAAUUCUAACCAUUGCAUGCCCCAGCCAUUGAACAAUAUCUUAGGAGGCACUGGUGCAGGCAAUCAAACAGUACCUGUAAUGAGUCGAGGAAAUCUUCCCGGGUCUCAAAUGAUGCAAAGCGGGAUAGGCAUGCACCAGAAUGUGCCGAGUGGAACAGGUAUUGGUAUGCCUUCGGGACAACUGUUGAGUAAAAUCCCAGGAGCCAUUGGUGCAGGCAGUCCAACAGCACAUGUAAUGAGUCAAGGAAAUCUUCCUGGGUCUCAAAUGAUGCAAAGCAGGGUAGGCAUGCACCAAAAUGUGCCGAGUGGAAUGGAUACUAGUAUGCCUUUGGGACAACUAUUGAGUAAUAUCCAAGGAGGCAUUGGAGAAGGCAAUCUCACAGUACCUGUAAUGAGUCGAGGAAAUCUUCCUGGGCGUCAAAUGAUGCAAAGCGGGAUAGGCAUGCACCGGAAUGUGCCAACUGGAAUGCAUACUGGUAUGCCUUCGGGACAACUGUUGAGUAAUAUCCAAGGAGGCAUUGAUGCAGGCAGUCUAGCAGCACCUGUAAUGAGUCAAGGAAAUUUUCCUGGGUCUCAAAUGAUGCCAAGAGGGAUAGGCAUGCACCAGAAUGUGCCAAGUGGAAUGGGUAGUAGUAUGCCUUUGGAAAUUGGCAGAAUGAUGCCUACUCCAGGGAUGACUCAACAAGGACAGCCUGGAAUAUUGGCUCUUGGCAGGAAUAACAGUGCAGAAGCUAACAUGUCUCUAUCUCAGCAGCAAACAAUGGCUACAUCACCAUCAGCUCAGUCAGGUUACGUCAAAAUCUGGGAGUUGCUUCAAGAUCAUGGGAGGACACCGGUCGCAUAGAAAGUAGCAUGGUGGGUAGUCGAAAUAGUGGCACUAUAACGGUAUAGCCAUCACCUGAUCAGAGAUAGAACUGUGCUAGAUUCAAAAAGGAAGAAGAAAUUCAUAGGGGCGGACACUUUGGCUGGCACGCGCGCCAAUAGGUGUGAUAUUCUUGUUUAAGUUGGAUCAUCUGAAGUUGGUAGUCUUACUCUUAAGGUAUUGUAUAGUAUAACUUCCAGAAGCAUAUUUGAUUUACCAACAAGAUGUGUAUUACAUUUCCUGUGUAUUACAUUUCCAUGUAAUUAAUACAAUAAUGUGCAUAAAAGCAGAUGUAUAAUCCAUUUGAAAAGGCUUUUAAAAGUA